ACCACACACAGGAGUACAUUAGUUUAGUAUCUAAAUAUUCUAUAAUGCAAACGCUCUCUAUCUCUCACAUUUUUUACUCUCAUCACUCAUAACUCCAUGCUCUUCUCCAAUGGCGUCCUCCUCGAUCACUUCCUCCGAUCAUCGCCUCAAGAGACGAUUAAAGCCAUUGAGUCUUAGAGAUUACCUUCUUGAUGAUCUCAGCUCUUGCUCCUCCAACGGCUUCAAAUCCUUCCCUCGUCGUCAAUCCUCCACUCUCCGCCGUCUCCUCGACGCCGAGAUCAAACGUUCACGAGUGUUCCACCGCAAACGGCGGUAUAACUGCGGGCUGGCGUGUAGCCACGCCGUCCAGAAAGCUUCCACGGCGUUACUCAGCGCCGUUAAGCUCUUGCCGUUCCCUUCCUCCUCCGUUGAACCUCCUGCUCCGUCUCGGAAGAAAGGGACGAGAAACCUCUGGAACAAACUUUCCCACCGCGAGCUUAAUAACGGAGAGAUCGAACGGAGGAGAACGGAGGGACGCGAGCAGAAGAUCCGACGAGGGAGGUCACUGACAUUCGGUGACUUUCUCAAAGAGAGCCUAGAUGAACCGUACAAUGUAUCAUUUUCCGGUGAGGAGGAGCUGUCAGACGCCGCCGGUGACUCCACGAGUGACGGAAGCGAGUUGCUCACGAACUCGGAGGUGACUCAGUCGAGUGGCGAGUCAAACGACGCCGUGGGAGAUGAGACGGAGGAGACAAGGAACAGAGUAGUAGUUAUGAUGAGUGGGGAUUGUGUGGGGUCACGUGUCAAGGACAACAGUGAGGAAUGCGUGAACGAAGAAAAAGAACAGCUCGGUCCGAUAUCUAUCUUGGAAUGCCCAUUCCAAGAUGUUGUAAUGACUCCUGAUUCUCAUCAGAAAGAAACCAAUGAGAAGAAGCUAUUGAGAAAGAGUAGAAGAUUUGAGAGCUUGGUACAGCUUGAGCCUGUGGAUUUAGAGAAACGUAUAGAGGAAAAUGUAGAAAGACAAGAUUAUGACUCUCAUCACAUGGUCGAAACCGAAGAAGAUCAAUCAGAAAACCGAGUAAACCGUUUGUUUGCUCUUGUAAAGUCUACAUUGACUGAGGAACCGAAUCAUUUACUAGUAUCUCAGAAAGUAGACAAGCUUUUGCUAGAUUUUUUCAAAGAAGACAGGAAUAUCCAGACAAGAAACGAGGAUAUGUUGGUUAAGAUUCUGGAGAGAUGGGUAAUGAGGAGACAAGAGGAAGAAUAUAUGUUUAUGAGCUGGGAAGUGGAAGAGACGAGAGAGAUCUAUGUGAAGGAAAUGAAAUGGGGUUCUAUCAAUGGUGAUGAGCAAGAUCAUGUCGUUGAAGAGUUGGGGAAUGGUUUUGUUACUUCCUUGAUUGAUGAACUUAUUCUUGAUUUAUCAUUGCGAGAAUAAGUUUCUUUUCUUGUCACAUGUUCGUUACUGUUCACUGCAGUCUAUAAGUAUUAUUAAAAUUUUGAUAUUUA